CUUCCUCUGCUCCUCCUCCCCACCCCCCAACAACAAGACGCUGUUGUUCUCCGUUGAAUUAACUGAUUUAGCAUCUGCUUGGUUGACUGUCAGGGGCGGUAGCGAGUUGUCUAUCCCACCCCCGCCCGAUCGCCCCAUCACUAGAGGACAUAAGCGGCAGCCGGCCGCCGGUUCUGGCGCUCACUGCCCCGCUCUGUCCGUCGGUGUCGCCCGCCGCCUGAGGUUUACGAUUAAUACUUCAAAAUGUUUGCAAAGGCAACCAGCAGCUUUGUAAAGCAGAUUGACAGCAACGGUGACUUGAUUCCAGUCAGCAGCCUGAAUGAUUCUGAUAAGCUGCAACUUUUGAGCUUGGUCACCAAGAAGAAGAAGGGAUGGUUCUGGCAGAAGCCAAAAUAUCGCCCUUCUUCAUUUACCCUCCAAGAGAUAUUGACUGGUGAUGCACUCAUCAAACCUGCUGUCUCUGACUCCGUCUUUCUCAAGUAUGAAGGAAAAUUUGAAGACAAGGAUGAGGCAAGUGCAGAAACUCAGUUUGCCCAUUUAAGCUUCAGCCUGGAAGGUCAAGAUACGGUUGAACUAGAAUCUUCAUUUGGAAACCUGAAGAAACAGGAAUUUGAUUUGCAGCAGCUUUUGAAAGUAACUGAGAAAAGGACUAUACAUUUGAAUCACCCCUUUGUCCAACAAGUUUGUGAGAAAAGAAAUGAAAUUCUCUGUCUAGUAAAUGAAAAGGUUAUCACAUCCCAAAAAUGUUCUAUUUCCGAACACACCCAGAUUGAAGAAAAGUGUGGUGGCACAAUGGGACUCAAAACAAAAAUAUUAAAGGUUUCAGUUGACGACAAUGGUUCUAUAACUAAGGACGCUGAUGUUGUGUUGGAGAUCCCACCUAGCACUGUUAUUGCGUACAGCGUUACAGAGCUUUUGAUAAACCAGAACGGGCACUUUGAGCUCUGCCUGCUUUCAGAGAAAUGUGGAGGUUUUGAUAAAGCCCUUCUAGGGAAAAAUAAAGGAGGUUGUGCCAGUACUGUAUGUUCUCCUUUAAGCUGUGUUGAUGGAGCCCAUAAAUGCCAGCUGUCUGCACUUGAGAUGGAUGUCCCAAGUGAAACUUCACUCAUAAUUUUAAAACCAGCAAUUGAAGAGGCGAAUCAACAGUUUCAGCCAUUCCAUGAACUUGCAGAGGAAAAGUGUCUGCAACUCUUCAGACUUUACUGUGAAUUCUUGUAUCACGAAGAAGUGAUUUCUUUUCUUGAAAAUGCUCUUGAUGAGCUUUCUUCAACAGAACAGCCAAAUCUGCUUGGACUACAGGAACUGGAUUCAACGCAAGCACAGAGGGUCAAGGAACUGCUGCAGAUAUUAGGCUACAGCUGCCCAAAUGAGCAGGGCUCUUUGAAAAAAGAUAUCACAACACCAGAGAUAUUAACAGCAGCAUUCUACCUUGUCAGUGCUCUAGCUGGAAUGUCUGAAGAAAGUCUUGCAGUCUUGGGUAUUUGCUGUGAAACUCAAAUUCUUCCAACUUUGCAUUAUUUGAUUAAUAAUGUCCCUGAUGAUGGAAUUGUUCCUGUUGAUAAUCCAAACAUGCUGCCCCUGCAAGAAGAGGACAACUUCUACAUAGCUCACCGGCUAUUUGCAUUAUCAAAUAUUUGCCUUGAAGUCCGAGAAACAGCAAUCAAAGUUAUAACCGAUGAUCAACCUGGUAUGGCUCCUGUGCUUCUCUGCAUAGUUCUGCAAGGAUUUGCCAUCCUGAGUGGAAUCAAAAGGAAUACGAGUGAUCCAAAGACGCAGACUUGAAAAACAUUUAAAAGGAGCUUCACCACAUUUAAUAAUUUAGGGACAUUCAAUAUAGUUGAAGCAUUUUUUGGAUAACUUGGAUAUGAUUAAUAUUUAAGGGGUAGAUGAAAGGAUUACAGUACAAUUAUAAUUGAGAUGCACAUUAUAUACUGUUCAUAAUAUUUUCAUCCUUCAGGAAAUUGUAGAAGAGUAAUGUUGAGUUUGAUGUGAAAAGAUUAGGAAUUGUGGAUGAGUGUUGUAGAAUUGUCAGCAAGGAGUGAUCAAAAUGUCCCUAUUAGCAAAAAUGGCAAUGCCAUUGCUAAUUCUAUAUAAGAAAUAUAAUCAGGAAAAGCAUCUUGAAUGGAAAACUAUGUUGAUUUAUGACAAGAAAUUAGUUUAGAAUUGUGUGGCAUGAAAUUCCAUGUGCUUUGCUCCACGUUCAAAAAUUCAGAGCAUUGGCUUUCUCACAGAUUUCUGAGAAAUCUAAGCUUGGACCAAUAUAAUCUUUAGUUGAAAAUAUUAAAGGUUAGUCAUCUGAAUAUUCCAUGUUAAGAUUCAGCUAAAACGAAACUCAAUUCUAUUUUUAGACUUAAUUUUAUUAAAAUAAAGUGUAUUUACUAAUGUGGAUUUCUAUGAAAUAUUUAGUAGAAUUUACAAGUAAAGAUUCAUUUGCUAUUAUGAAUAAUGCCUGUUAUACUCUAAAAUCUGUUAAUUUUAUUAAAGCACUAACUUUGACAUCUCAAAUAUUAAUUUGUUAACUAUGACAAUAAAAGCUAUAAUUUUGAACGAU